AUGCGUCCGUCCCGUCCGAGGAGGAGGCAGAGAGCGUCGGAAAUGCCCCGCUGGAAGAGGCAGUGGAUUCGGAUGCAGUACGUGGAGAUUUGGAGGAGGAGGGUGGAGUGGUUCCGCGCCCCCAAGAAGAGCUACAAGCACCCCUCCUCUUCCUCCCUUUCCCAGCAGGUGGAUCCGGAACUGAUCUUCACCCGCCAGGAGAAGAUCGGGCAGGGUGGCUUCGGGGAGGUGUUCAAGGGGGUCAACACGCACACGCAGCAGGUGGUGGCCAUCAAGGUCAUCGACCUGGAACAGGUGGCCGAGGAGAUCGAAGACAUUCGCCAGGAGAUCAUGGUGCUGUCCCAGUGCGACAGCCCACACGUCACCAAGUACUACGGCUCAUACCUCCAGGGUCCGAAGCUAUGGAUCGUGAUGGAGUACCUGGGCGGCGGUUCUGCCUGGGACCUUCUGAAGGCGGUCAAGUUCGAGGAGCUGCACAUCGCCAUCGUUCUCAGGGACGUGCUCAAGGGGCUCGACUACCUGCACUCGGAGCGGAAAGUGCACAGGGACAUCAAGGCGGCCAACAUCCUGCUGUCCGAGCUGGGCGAGGUGAAGCUGGCAGACUUCGGCGUGGCCGGGCAGCUGACCAACACCACGGGCAAGAGGAACUCCCUGGUGGGGACGCCCUUCUGGAUGGCGCCGGAAGUCAUCCGAAGAUCCGCCUACGACUUCAAGGCCGACAUCUGGAGCCUGGGCAUCACGGCCAUCGAGCUGGCCAAGGGCAAGGCUCCGCGCUCCGAGCUCCACCCCAUGAAGGUGCUCCUGCUCAUCCCCAAGAGCCACCCCCCGCAGCUGGGGGGGGAUUUCUCCAAGCACUUCAGGGACCUGGUCGAGGCCUGCCUCAACAAGGACCCGGCCAACAGGCCGACGGCCAAGGAGCUGCUCAAGUUCCCGUUCAUCCGCAAGGCCAAGAAGAACACCUACAUCGUGGAACUCAUCGAGAAGUACAAGCAGUGGAAGGGCAGCGAGACCUCCUCCGAAGCCCUCACGGACUCGGAGACCUCCGACUCGGACGAGUCCCAGGGCAAGGACGACUCGUGGCAGACCUGGAGGUGGGACCUGGGCACCCCGGAUACCCUGGACAUGAAGAUCGAACCCCCGCCCUCGAGCCUCGAGGACAGCUUCGGGCCCGCCUCCGCUCCCCUCUCCCUGGUGUCGGGCUGGAGCUCCGAGCCCCCCGGGAUGGUGCCCCCCAUCCUGCAGAGGACAUACUGGAACCAGCACGGACUCGUGCCCCGUCCCGGCAGCGUGCCCGUCUCCCUGUCGAACCGCGUCCCGUGGCACAACGGCAGCCCCGACGACCAGCACUGGAUCAUCCUCUCGAACAGCGACUUCGUGGAGCCCGACAACCGCCUGCUGCGGCAGAACUACGACGGCCCGCCGUCCCCGGACGGCCCGCCGCCGCCGCGGGCCUCCGGAUCCUUCGCCCUCAUCUCCAGGCUCAUCAACGAGCUGCAGCAGGGGGAUGAGGUGCGGGAGGCGUUCGCCUUGGCCGAGGCCUCGAGUCCCGGGUUCUCCGACUCCUUCGUCAAGGAGGUGCUGAGGAGGCUCGUGCCUAGCCUCAACGGACAGAGGCGCAUGCACACCAUCAUGGACAGGCUCAGGGGGACCACUUUGACAUGA